AUGUUUGGAAAGAGAUGGACAUCCGAUACUACAGUUCGGCUGUAUACGAUUUCAUGGGAUCUUUGCAAUGAAACCAUUGUUGAACCCGACUAUUUGGACAUAGAACCGGAUGUAGGCAAUAAUAUAGACCAAAAACUCUAUGGAGUUGCCUUGUAUUUCGAUCCUUUUGAAACAACUGGAAACCUAGAGUGCCGACAUUCAACCAUGGCACAGGUUGCAGAAAAGAAGUAUCCCACAGCGCAAUACUUGCUGAUUGCAAACACCGAUUUAGUACCUAUUACGAAGUAUGAUGAAGAAUUGGACUCAACUUUAGCGUUGGCAACCGUCACGUUGGACGAUGGAGAUGCAAUUAAGAACAGAUUUGGCGAUGAAACGGUAUCUUCGAUUGCAACAGGUUCGAUUCUGGUCACCGUUGAUGCAACCUCUCGCUUCAUCUUGGAUACGAGCAUCACUUUGGAACACAUUGAAAGAGGUGCAACAACGAUAAUAACAAUGACCCAAAUCUCGGCAUUUCUUUCAUUCAUUGGAUCCGUGUACGUCCUAUACACUUUGGUUGGGAACAAACAAAGGCGUUCCAAGAGUAUGCGGGUCCCAUUUAAUCGAUUACUAUUGGCAAUUUCUAUUGCUGAUCUGAUGUCGUCUCUGGCAAUGAUGGUUGCUGGCUGGGCAACACCGACAGCUCCACCUGGAAACUAUGAAGGGUACUAUAGCAAUGAACGGUGGGAAGUCAAGUUUCCGCGUGCCGUUGGCAAUGAUGGUACAUGUAAUGCGCAAGCUUUCUUUAUGCACAUCGGCUUGGCUGCCUCUGCUUUCUUUACGGGCUAUGUUGCGAUUCAAACUCUUCUAGUAGUACGAUAUGCUUGGACGGAAAAGCAGAUGGAAAAGGCGGAGUACGUGUUUUUUGGGACUGGAAUUGGGAUACCUUUGGUUACAGGAAUUUGGGCUGGAGCAGUAGGGCUAUUCAAUCCAAUGUCAGUUGGCUUCUGCUGGAUAAACGAGGCUAUUGAAGAGUGUCAUGCGGACCAGGCAGGACCUCUCUUGGGCGAUUACUGCGAAUCCCGUAUUGCGGAAGACCGGCUAUUGAUUUAUCAGACGAUCUUUGCGAUGGCGUGGAUCAUGCUGGCCAUGUUGGUGAUCCUGUUCUCGAUGGUAUCGCUAUACUUGUUUGUCCGUCAAAACGAACGCAAAGCUGCUAGGUGGAGUCAAAAUGCAAGUGAUGGUAGGCAGCAAAAGCGAGUGCUCACGAAAAGCGUAGCCAUUAUUUCCGCAUAUUUCUUUACUUGGACGCCAGCAAUCGUUUCCUUGACCCCAGCUGUGGAAAAUGUGGAUACCGGAGUCGUGAAUAUGAUAGUGGCUGCAAUUCUGCCUUUACAAGGAUUCUUCAAUGCUCUCAUUUUUUCUGGUUGCGCUGAGCACUGCCUUGGUAGACUAUGUUUCGGCAACAGAAAUUCCAAUGAGGCUCCUCGAAGAUCAAGCGUCGGCGGGGAAGGCACAUAA